UACUUUUAGAAAUUCAUGUAUAUUCGACAACAACAAACACAAGUAAACACGUGUAACUGACAUUUCACAAAAUCUAAAACUUUUUAUUGGCUUUCGUGGUAUUUGCUGCAGUGGGGAAAAAGGUAAAUUUUUCGAUGGAACUUGUUCAACCCUCGAAGGUGCCGCAGGGCGGCGCCUCGAGUACCGCCAGCAAGAAGGAGCAUGAUCCGGCUUAUCGCAAGUUGCGUCAGCUGAUCAUCAAGCUACCGAUGGGCGAUCAGAUAGUACUCUAUCGUAACCAUCAGGAGGUGCAACAGGUCUGCGAUAGCAUCUGGCGGAGCACACAUAAGCGCCUGGACUUCCGGCAGCUGGACCAGGAACUGAGCGGCGAUUCACUGAGCUACUUUCUCAACAACAUGAUGGAUAAUUUUCGGUAUGUGUAUUUCACAGCGGAUCGCCUCCAGGAGAAUCUCAAUGUGCUGGAACGUGCCGGAGUCAAGUCACUCAACAAUGUACAGCACUGCGAGCUGUUGCUCAGCCAGGAGCCUACGCCCAAAGCAAAGUCCAAGCGACAACAACGUGACACGGGAGCAGGCGAUGCCGGACUCGGCAGGGUCGUGGGCAUCGCUGCGGUCCUGGGCGGCUCAAUGAUGCCACAAUGGCCACUGCAUGCCUUGCCGAAAAUGCUGCGCAAUCUUCGUCGCCUCAAGGUGCAUUGCGAGGUGCAGGUACACUUUAUUGAGCAGUUCCCACAGCUGGAGCUGCUGGUGCUGAAUGGCGAAGUGGCCCAAUCGGCCCUCACAGGCAUUCUGGAGCGCUGCAAGCAGCUGAAACGACUGUUCAUCAAGUGCAAAACGGCACCGCCAAGUCUGCAAGGCAUCACCGGUUGCCACCGCCUGCAGGACAUCUCGCUGCCCAUGGUGCUCUUUAUGCAGGCUCGCGAACAAGUCUUGGCAUUGCCCGCACUGCAUUUGCUGGAGCUGACUUUUGCCGGCCAAAAUCCCGAGAUGACCAUCGACUGUCUGCGAUAUGUGCUGGACGCCAAGUCGACCGUCAUUGAGAUUGUUCAAGUGAAUUGCGCGAGCUUUGACGGGCCGCACUGGCUGCGCGAUGCUGGCCUGGGACGCUGCAGCCGGCUGCAAGGUCUGGUGCUGAACAAUUGCUGUUUCCAUGAUCGCGAGAUAACUGAACUGAACAUGCCACGAGUAGAAAAUUAUUUGGUAUUGAGCGGCUGUCCGGAUCUCAAGGAGUAUCAGCUGCUUGAUGUGAUCAAAAAGUGUCCGAGCCUCUCCGAGCUCUACCUAAUCGACUGUCCACAGCUUACCGGCAAAGUGCUGCACGGCAUUUAUCGUAUACGAUGCAGUGAGAAGCUCGAUUAUCCCAUUAGCAUUAUUCUUAGCCGCUGCGAUACCAUAAGCAAAGAUUAUCAGGACACGUAUGCCGACUAUUGGUACUUUAAGCUUCCAGUUCUUAAGCUGGAUCGCCUGCUUGAAGAGAAUCGGCCAAUCGAAGAUAUGCAGUUAUUCUUUUAUAAGAACGUCAGCCCUGCUUGAUUUAUCAUACUUAUAUAUACUAUUUAAAUGGCAUGUUGCCCCCCAAUUAGAGAUGAUGUGUUCCGCAAAAUAUUCAAAAGUCUACAAAAAUAUGAUUAGUGUGUGUCUUUGGUGAGAAUUGAUCUCAACGAUUCGUUCGUCUCAAUUAUUGCUGUUAACGGUUGCCCUUCCUUGAAGUGUACUGAUUUCCUGUUCAAGUAAAGUAGUAUACAAAAAUUAUUUAUCGUACAUUAUUAGGCUGACUCGUGGCCUCCUUCGACUUUACAAACCUAAGACUACAAAAAUUCCACAUCAAUGCCAAAUAAUUGGUUUUUUCUGCUUGUAUAUCUCGCCCGCUUCGACCGCCUUUUUCCCCCAAGAUAAACAAU